GCAAACGGCUUCAUGAUUUUUGCGGUGUUUUUGGAUGGUGUCUCUUUCAAUUUCUUUACUUAUUUUUCGACUUUACCAGUGGUUUUAUGUUAUUUUUAGCUCCUGUGACUAAUAUUAUAAAAGUUAAUAACAAUGUCUACCGAUAGCAUCGAAAAGUUGUACAAGAACUUCGGCGUUCUCGCUGAUGCCAAAGACAAAAUAGGAGAGCAUGAAGCUGAAUACCUCGAGAUUUUAACAGCUGUCAAAGGUACCUCCAAUGAAAAACGUCUUGCCAGUCAGUUUAUUGCCAGAUUUUUCAAACACUUCCCCAACUUGGUAGAUCAAGCUCUCGAAGCUCAGUUUGAUCUAUGUGAAGAUGAAGAUAUUUCUAUUCGCAAGCAAGCGAUCAAGGAUCUGCCUAGCCUUUGCAAGGACAACAAAGAACAAGUUCCCAAAAUAGCAGAUAUUUUAGCACAACUCCUCCAGGCAGAAGAUCCAACUGAGCGCAGUGUUGUCCAAUCAUCAUUUAUGACACUAUUCAAAGUAGAUGCCAAGAGUGCAGUGACGGGGCUAUUCAAUCAGAUUUUAACUGGAGAUGACACAGUACGUGAACAGUGUAUCAAAUUCUUAUAUUCUAAAGCUAAAACUCUCGGAGCAGAUUUCAUCCCAAAAGAAAUUGAAGAUGAACUAAUUGCUCUUUGUAAAAAAGUGUUGCAGGAUUGCACUGCAGAUGAAUUCGUAAUGCUCAUGGAAUUGCUCGGUGGAACAAAAUUGGGGAAGACUGUGUCUGGACACAAAGAGAUCAUUGACAUUAUCAGUGAGCAAGCUGAAAUAGGGGAUGAGAACUUCAAUCCUCAAGACGAGGAGCAAGUCGACAAAUUAGUUCAUAGCAUCAGACAUGCUCUCCCGUAUUUCUCGUCUCAGCUGAACUCUAGCAGAUUUGUUGAGUACAUUUGCAACCAUGUUCUUCCGCAAUUGGACAAAAUUUCUCCCAGCAAAGAGGGGCCUGACUCAAAGCUGGAACUGUUGAAAUUAUUUGCAGAGCUUUGUACUCAUUCACCAACCCUUCCGAAUAUCGAAACAAACCUGGAAAAGGUUUUUGCUGCAUUGACUAACUUUAUGCCAUUACCUCCUGUUGAAGAAGAAACAAUAUCAGAACCCAAGAUUGAAUUCUCUCAUGUUGAAUGUCUAAUAUAUGCUUUUCACAGACUGAGCCGGCAGUCACCAGAUUUUCUGACAAAAGAUGCGGAGAGAAUGAGAAACUUUAAAAUAAGGCUGCAGUAUCUGGCACGAGGAACGCAAGGAUAUCUGAAAAAACUGAAAGAGUCUGUGGAAGGUAAAUCUUCUGAAGAUUUGAAGUCAGAGGAAUGCAAAAUUAAAGUCCUAGCAUUGAAAACUACUAAUAAUAUAAAUACCAUCAUUAAAGACUUGUUCCAUGUACCACCGAGUUUCAAAACAAACGUCAACCUCUCAUGGAGACCCACUGUUUCCACCACAAAAAGUAGUGCUGCCACAACCAAUGGAACUGCUGUCAAGAGGCACAAACCUAUUACCUUUGACAGCUCCCCAUCAGCCAAACUAGCAAAAACAGACGCUAAAGUUUACACUCCUCCCAGUGGCAAAUUCAGCAAUACUGUUUCUAGUUACUCGCCCGCACAAUCGAAUUUCAGAUCCGGAAGGAGACCACGUGGAAGAGCACCAGUUCGAAGAGGAAGUAGCUCAGGUAACAGCUUCCGAUUAAGGCCUAGUAGAGGAAGACUUCCCUCAAAGAACUGGCGGUACUAAUAGAAGCAUGGCUCAAAAGUUAAUUCUGCUGUUGGAGUGUUUUUUAUUGUAAGACUCAUGUUUGAUGUUAGAGACGCAAAAGCAGCGUAAAAGUGAAGAAAAAUAGUUAUGAACAAAUUUUCGAAAGGAAGCCAGUAUAUAGCAGUACACAAAUAUUUCUCCUUUUUCUGUUUUUACCUUUCUAUUUACAGUUUAAUCUUAGUUUGUCAUCUUAUUCAUACAGGACUUUAUUUUCAUUUUCUGCAGCACUUCUACUUGUAAAUUUCAUUCUAUUUGGUAAGCAAAAUUCUCUUGAAUAAGUCCCUAAUUUAUUUUCUCAGCCAUUUUUACUCUCAAUUGAAUUUUUGAUAAAUUCAAGCUAAUUUUCAAAAAUGAAUUACUUUUCAUUUCUA